UUCACACCACAGUUCAGGUCCCGUUGUGAAUAAACGCUCUUCCUGAAGGAAUUAAAAGAUGGAAUGUAGAUCGGAGUCUUUCACUGGACAGUGAAAGAUGGCAGAGAGAUCAGAGUUGGUGAAGGCACAUGGCAGAAGCAGCGCGCAGCACCAUAAAGCCAGAGAGACACUGCGCCUCCGAGUCAUCUUCUUAGACGACAGCGAGCGAGUUUUCGAGGUCGAGCCCAAAAUCCUGGGUUGUGACUUUUUCAACAAGGUGUGUGGACACCUUAAGCUCCUGGAGAAGGAGUACUUUGGCCUGGAAUUCCGUCACCAUAGUGGCAACUAUGUGUGGCUUGAACUUUUGAAGCCACUGGCAAAACAAAUCAAAAACUCCAGUGAGCUGGCAUUUCGUUUUAUUGUGAAGUUUUUCCCACCAGACCCAGGCCAACUGCAGAAAGGCUUGACCAGGUACCUAUUUGCCCUGCAAAUAAAACAAGAUUUGUCCAAUGGAAGCCUCACUUGUAAUGACAACAGUGCAGCACUGUUGGUUUCUCAUAUAUUGCAGGCAGAACUUGGGGAUUAUGAUGAAGAGUUGGAUGCACACCACCUAGAGAUUAAGCAAUAUGUGCCAAACCAGGAGUACCUGGACCACAAGAUUAUUCGCUUUCAUAAGAAACAGCGAGGUCACACUCCAGCCCUGUCAGACAUGCAUUUGCUGGAGGUUGCUCGGAAAUUGGAUAUGUAUGGCAUUCGACCACAUCCUGCUCAUGAUGGAGAAGGCAUGAGGAUCAACCUGGCUGUUACCCACAUGGGUGUACUGGUAUUUCAGGGCAACACAAAAAUCAACACCUUCAGCUGGGCCAAGAUUCGAAAAUUGAGUUUCAAGAGGCGGAAUUUCCUUAUCAAACUCCACACGGAUUCUGGGCCUUCACGGAGGGACAUGGUUGAAUUCACCAUGGCAAGCAGAGAUAUUUGUAAAACUUUCUGGAAGAUGUGUGUGGAGUAUCAUGCCUUCUUCCGGCUAGCUGAGGAGCCCAAGCCAUAUCAAAAGUCAUUGUUUUCCAGCAAGGGAUCCAGCUUCAGAUACAGUGGCAGGACACAAAAGCAACUCCUAGAGUGUGUUGGCACUGGAGAACACAAACAUGUACCAUUUGAGAGGUCAAACUGCAAGCUUGCCCAUGAAUCUCGGCAGUGCAAGUCAUCCCCCGACUUGCUCACUGAUGUAUCCAAACAGCUUUACGAGCAAGCCUAUCAAUUCCCCCAUGCUGAUCUUUCAAAGCGUGGCACAAAUAUAUUUACUGAGGGGCUUGACCGAUCCUGUCCCUUAUCAGGGCUGCCUGCCAAAUCAAACAGGGUUACAUCAAAACCACGUUCCAUGUCCACAUCAGGGGCAGAGCGUCAAGGCAGAAGCUCUCAGAGGCCUGGGGCAAGGAGACAUCAGUCCCCUAGCUCUCAGCACUUGGUUCUUCUCUAUCCCAACAGCCCCCACCUGCAAUUCCAUCCAGUGCUGCCAACUUUCCCUCUGGCAACAUACCCUUUUUUAUUACAAGACCCCACAUCAUCUUCCUUAGACCGCCUCACACAAGCUCACCAGAGUUUUAAGCCUAUGAAUUAUUUGCCCAGGCAAACAGGCCAGUCGUUUUCACCUGCUUCCUCUUUGUCACCACCACGAAGGCAGCAGUGCCUGGAAAGGCUUCAACUCUCUGAAUUUGGAUUGGCUGGAUCUAAACUGUGCCGCCAAUCAGGAGGACCUCUGGGGCUGGGGUUAAACAGAAGGCACAACAUAGGAAAAAUAGAAGCAGGGCACUACAGUGAUGACUCUUCCUUCCAAAGUGCUUUACCUUGCCGAACCUCAAGCCAACCAGAUGUGAAGUUCCAGAGAGCUGCACUUGCUUCUUCAGCUGCUGCAUAUGCAUCAGAAUAUCGGCCUCUGGGGUAUUAUCCCCACCUGUCACAACACCGGGUCCCAACAAGGCCAACCUACCUUCCACUAAGCCCUUCCCCUUUGCCAGAAAGACCUACAUCUUUAUGUGUGCUCGGCACAGGCAGUUACAGCGAUUCUGAAUCUGAACUCUUUUAUCCAUGUUACUGUCCUGCUGUAGGGAAAGUGGUACAUUCUGGCCCACUAGCACGUAUGCGUUUCUCAUCUGGAAGCCUCCAACUAGAUGAGGAAGAUGGAGAAGAGGGGGAAGAGGAUGAAGUGUGCAACCAGAGUGAUGGGGAAAACACUGCUUUUACCUCAGUCAGCGUAAUGAAACUUUAGCAUUACUUGUGUUAAGGCUUCAGAAAACAACACAGAAAAUAUUUAUCUCAGACUUACUAAGAUUCUUAAAAAUGUAUUUAAUGGAAUCUGGUACUUUACAUUAUGUUAGAUCUUUUAUACAACUGAUAUAUUUGAUCAAUAAUACAAAUUCUAAAAUAAUUGGCAAUUAGACACAUGCUUAGUAAGGUAUUGAUAGUCUCAUGAACAGUUUCUCACUGAGCAGAGUAAAUCUUGUUUGCUUCACAUGGAAGUCAUGGAAAAAGUCUAAAUAGAGAACUGAGAAUGGUCAUUCUUUCCAAAGUUUAAAUGCUGUCCUAAAUCAGCAGGGUGAAGCAUGAUCAAAAGUGCUGUAGCUGAUUUCUUCUGAAAGUGAUCCUAUCCCUAGUUCUGACUGGAAGGAAAAAAGUCAAGGAAUCUGAAGCAACCAGUAGCCUAGAGACUGUGGGAGUCAUGGCCAUAUCAGGUCCCAGAGCACAAACAGAAAAAGUGAGAAGAAACACAAAGGGCUGCAUCUAAACCACCACAGCAGGAUCCACUUAACAAAUCAUUACUAGAUGGUAGCUGGAAUUCAGGAACAUGGGUGAUAGAAGAGUGGAAACAGGAAACAAGCAUGGACAGGACAAGGUAUCUUACACAAAUACCUCUUGCCUUUAGAAAGAUAAUUCGGAGUUCUAAAGUAAAAUCCCCAGUUAGCAAAAAAUUAAUACAGCUAUAUUCAGUUUGUAAGUGGAAAUUGUCGUGAUAAGUCUUUAUUGACAGUUCUUUUGUCUAGUGUCUUGAAAAUGAAAAAUGUUUUUGUUUUAAUUCGUUUUUAUUUGCUAAAAAAAAUUAUAAUAUGAAAAUUACAGUAAUCCAGGAACAGACAGUGAAGGCAGAGAAAUUCAGCAAAAUCCUACUGCUUUAAGGUAUCCUUGUUAUUCAACUAAUGAUGAUUCUACACCUGAGGCCAAAAGUUUACAUACACCUAAGCUAAAGACACAUACUGUACAUACUGUAUACACGUACUGUAUUUCACUUCAAAUAUAAUGUUACGAAACAUUUCUUUUAACAAGUCAAUUAGGACAGUCUACUUUGUUCAUAUUAGAAGAAAUGAAUAACAAUAGAUUAGAGACAGAUUUCAUUUACUGUCUCUUUUUUCAGUGUGGACGACUUCUGAAAAUGAUGUAAUGACAUUUUGGAAGGUGCUGAUUGGUCAGCUGUCAUAAUUAGUUAAUAGUAGCUCAAAAAUGUUAAUUGGCAUGUACCUGUGCCUAUAUUUAAGGGCCUACCUUUAGGGCCAGUGCCUUUUUGCCCUCGAUACCACUGGGAAAUCAAAGCAACUCAGUUAGGACCUCAAAACAAACUGUGAACCCUCUGACUACCUAAUAUAGUAAAACAAUCAAAUAACUAAAUUUUUUAACUGUCAAUUUUGAAAUGUAGAUAGUAUAUAAAGUAUAACAAGAUAAAUGUACAGAGUUAUUGUGUCUCAAUGUCUUUAUCCUAGGUUCAACUGAAUUCAAUUCAAUUCAAUUUAUAUUUGCACUUUUAAGAAUAGACAAUAUCACAAAGCAUCAUUAUAUAAUAUAUUAUUUAUUAGGACAGUCCUAAUAUUGAUUAGGAACUCCUGUAACCUGCACAUUCAUGGAGUUAUUUAAUCAGCUGAUCAUGUGGCAACAGUGAAAUACAAAAAAUGAUGCGGAUAGCUUCAGGUCAUGUUCACAUCUGUUGGAAGUGGGUGGGGAUUUUCUAUGCCUGUGAUUUAUUAUUUUUAUUAAAUUAAUUUCAUCUCUCAAAGGAAAGUCUAACAUUUUAAUUGCUGAUCUGAUAUUCUGUAAUCUACAGGGUUCAUUAUCAUUGUCUGACUUUAAAUGUAUAAUUCUUCUGCAUGAUGUUUUCAGUUUUAGAGUGCUAAUAUUUCCUUUUUCCUUUGCCUAUUUUUUUUUCUUUUAAGAGGAUUAUUUUCUCCAUUAUUUAGUGUGUUGUUGAACACUGACUCUAAUCAUUCAGUUGCCUGAUCAACUGCUGUGAGGUUAGCCAGCGAUCCAGUCAUAAUUAAUAAGUUUGGGAGAUUGUUGAUAACACUGUGCAGUAGCAGACGUGAGUGGUGUAUGUAAACCUUUGACCUUUACACAUUCAUUGAUCCAUUGGCCAAAACAUCUUCUCAUAGUUACCUUUUUUAAACUGUCCAUCAUUUCCUCUGUGGAUGUAUGGUAUUUUAUAUUCGAUGUUCUUCAUAUGUGGUCAUGAGCAAACACUAAACAAGAACAUAGUAUAAAAUCAUUUGAUUACAUUUUGACCAAAAUACCUUUGAGUAAAAUAAGACAAAAAUUAGUUUUAUAGUCUGCUGACUAAAACAUGACAAACUCCAGUAAGGCAAAUCACUAAUAAAUAAAUCACUAAUAUGAUUCGUUAUGUCCCAGAUGUUAAGAGUCUAUGGUACAUGAGUAAUAGAGAAAAGUGUAAAUAAAGUUGGUUGGGUAAAAUAGGAAAAUAGGAAGCAAAAAUAGAUGUCAGUAGGGGGAAAAGCCAACACAACAAACAGAGGACCCUCUGACUAGUUAGGGAGUAAAACUGCCUAAACUGACAAAAUAAAAUAAACUAAACAACAGAAAUGUACACUAACUCCCUAGCUAAACAAAAAACAGAAGAAAGUGGUUCACAGAAAUAAAAUGGCACCCACCUCCCUACAGCUUCCAACAAACAGAAGAAUUAGCAGCAUCGAUACUACUAAUUACUUAAGUUCAGUAGAUUACAAUAAGACACAACUUUGAGUAAGUUUACACAGUAUCAAUCCCUGUAAUACACAACACCACAGCACAAGGCAGACGAGAAGCACAGCGCUCUGGAAGAUAAGCUUCAUUGUGCCAGCCAUGGUAACAACUUUUACGCUUGCAGCCUCUGCACAGUAAUGAGCAGGAGGAGUUGUAAUUUGGAUGUUAUGUAGGAUUUUAUACAGUAAUUGAUGAAGUGAAGUGAUGUUUUGUCAGAAUCACUUUGUUAUUUUAUUUUAUUUUUUUUUCAUUUCUCAACUGGAAGUGUUAUUGUGUUGUAUUUAAUUGCUAUGAGUUUGUCUAUUUCUGAUAACAUUUUCUGUGAUUUAAGGUAAUAUCACAUUAUAUAGAGUGGAUUAGUGUAAUUGCUGGAAAUUUAAAAUUCCUACCAAAUCAUACUGUCAAGAUUUCGGAAAGACGCCGCAGAUCAGAUUCAAGUAUUAACACAACAUGAUGUAACAUAUAGAUGAAAUAAACAAUACCUGAAAUACACAACGUCGUCACUGAAACAAAAGGCACAACAUAAUUAAAAACCAUAAACCAAACUCAACAAUAAAAUAUGACGUGACAAAGACAGGCACAAAAGAGCAGGUAUAAUUAAGGUAACACAUCAGGAAUAAUUGGGACAAGGUGACAACACAUGACAUAACCACAUGACAUUCCACAAGGUGUGGCAAUACACCUGGCAGCACUCCCUCUGGUGGUCUGGCAGGGAAUUGUCCCAGUAGUUCCUGACACAUAUACUCUGCCUGGAUGUAACAAAACCAUCAGGAGAAAACCGUUGCAGAUUACUAAAGAAGUAGAUUUUUGAGAGCUCCCUGUACCUAUAAGAGAUUUUUGCACCCAUGCAUUACAGAAGUAGCUCUGCGGUCUCAGUCUUGGUGCAAAUUGUUACUAUUUAGUCUUCUGGGAAAUAUCUUAUGUAGCUUCUGAAUGGCAGCACUAAAUUAAGUAAACAAUUUAAAUAAAAAUAAUAACAAUUUACAACAGUCAUCCUGUUAAAAAAUGUACAGUCUCUCUCUUUUGGUCUGUUGCCUUCUUGAGAAUUUUUUGAGAAUUGAGAAGUUGAAAAUGGGGUCAAGCAUACAGGUUAUUGCCGGAAAAGCAAAGAAUGUACAGUACCUGGAGGAUCUAUCUGAAGAACAGAAGGCAGUUUACCUGCUCAAGACAAACAAGGGACCAAUGAACAAUUAUCACAAAAGAUAUAAACACUCACUGAUUAUAUAGGUCAAGUAUGAUCAUACAGGUCAUGUACCAAAGAACUCAAUCAUUUGUGAAAAUUCAAAUUCAGGUAUUAUUUUGUCUUCUGGACUAUUUGUAGUAUGGGCUACAUUAUUAGUGGUAAUACAUUCAUUCAUCAGCAUUUUUUAAAUGUCUGAUUUACGUUGUUUGGUUACAUCUGUUAUCUAGCUAUUUCACAGUUACUCACAAACCAGUUACUGCUCAUGUGUGCUUAUAUCUGGUGAGGUUACUGGGGUAAUUCAUGCCCAGGGAUCUUAAUCUUAACUUAAUUUUAAUACACAGCUUCUGCAUACACAGACUCUGUAUGUUGAAGCAGCCAGGGUCUUCAGAUAUUCCACCAGUUACUCCUUUAUGGACAUCAAUGAUUAUUUAUUAGGGCCAAUUCUUGAGUUAGUAUCAAAUUUAUUUCAAGAGAUCUGCUGCUUUUAGCCUUAAGGAAUUUUGAUCUACUACCAAUUCCCAAUGUUAUCAGACAAGGAAGAACAUUAUUGUUGGUUAAAAAACUUCACUCUGUUUGUUUAUUUAUUUAUUUAUUUAUUUAUUUAUUGGUCUUCAUUUAGUUCUGCUAAAUCCAUUAGGAGUCUAGCUGCAAUUAAAAGUAAAUAAAGCAAUUUCUUUUUUUUGAUUACUUGUUGCUUUAAGUAUUGUUUCAAUGUUAAAUGGAAAAAACAUUAUAUGUACAAUGUUUGCAUUUACGUGGUUGGAUUUGUACAUAUG